ACCGGAAGAACCGAGGGGAGGUAAGUCUAAUCAGCCUUUUAAUGGCGACCAUGAUUAUGGAUGCAGCUUCAGUCAAGAAAGAGCGUUUACACCAGGGUAAAAAUAAAAAGAAAUCUUGGAGGAAAACUAAUAUCACAGACGUAGAAGAAUAUUUGGAAGAUGUAAGACAUCAAGAACGAACUGGGGGAAUUAUUUCACUAAAAGCUGAUGAAAGUCUCUUUUUUGUUGAUAAAAGUGUUAGCAAAUCAAAGAAAAGAAUCACAGCUGCUGAAAGAAGACGCUUAAGGCAAAAAGACCAGCCUUUAAAAUGUCAUUCACAAUUGUAUCGAAAGGGUAAAAUCGCAUGUCCAAUAAAACCAAACAGAGUUGUGAAAAAAGUGUCGGAUUUCCAACUUGAGCGUUUACUCAAGAGAAAGCUUAAAAAAAAGGAAGAAAGGACUAUAAAUGAUCGCAUACAAGCUAAUAAAGACUACAAAGAAGAGAAAGCAAAAUAUUUCUCAGAUCGGAUUAUAGAUUAUGAUCUUUGGAAUGACUGUAAGAAAGAAGAUGAAGAAGUAGAAGCAGAUCCAUAUUAUUUAGAAUACACUAAUAAGAUAAGAGUAAAGCCUCCUGCAAUGUAUUUAAAGAAACGUUCUGAGGUGCCUGCCAUUGAGGUACCCCAUGCAGGUAGUUCCUAUAAUCCAGCAUAUGAUGAUCAUGAAAAUCUUUUACAAAUUGCAACAAAUGAUGAAAUACGAUACACUAAGAUGCAAGAUAAGUUAACAAGAGCUCUGGAUGCUAUGUUCCCAACAGCAGCAGAAGCACCAACUACAGAAUCUUGGAUAAAAGAAAUGUCUGCAGGGCUUCAAGAAGAAGAUGGUGAUAAAGAAAAACUAAAUGAAGAGAAAGAUGGAGAAAAUGCAGAACUUAAUAAUGAGGAAAAUGAAGUAGUUAAAAAACAACCAAAAGCUAAAACAAAAAAGCAACACCGUAAAGCACGAGAGCGUAAAGUUGAGGAAAGAACAAGGAAAAAUAAGAAGUUAUUAAAGAAACGAGAACAUGAUGUUUUCAGAGUACGGAGUAUGCUGAAAGAUAUGAAAAAAUUUGAUAAUGAAGUUGAAAGGAAGAAAAUUUCAAAAGACAAGCAAAAGAAAGAAAUUGUGAAAACAAGAACUAAAAGGCUUGGGAAAACACCUUUUGUUAAACCUGAACUAGAUGUAAAACUCUGCGAGGAACUUCCAGACAGCCUCCGUAAAAUUGUGCCGGAAGGAAAUCUUUUAGAAGACAGAUUUACCAGUUUACAACGCAGAAAUAUCCUGGAACCUCGACAAGUCUUCAAGAAAAGUGGCCAGAAGAAAUACAAACGAAAGGUUUAUGUCAAACGCUCUCACAAAGAAGAUCCGCUGUAAUGUGAAGAAGGCUGAAAAUGUAACUUUCUUGACUGAAUACUUUAAUAAACUCAUUUUAAAAAUUG